AUGACGAUCAAUCCAGAUCAAAACGACAAUGACGAUCUUCAACAUCAAUCGAACCACAACGACGACGAUGAUCAAGUUGAAUCGGACGAAACCGAGCACGACGAACUACUAGACGAACAAGCUGUGCACGUCCUACAUCGACCCGACUCAUCGCCCGUCCCUACGAGUUGUCCGGAGAUCGACGAGCUGGAAGACGCCUCGCAGGCGAUCGAGCUUUCCUCUGACCGUGCUUCUCCAGCGGUCAGCCAAUCAGCAGAGCGAGAGGACCACCACCCGGAGGAGACGCUAACAAUGCCGAUGGGUUAUGGACUUCGAUCUAAACACCGUGCGUUAUCGGCAGCACCGGAGGCGACUGUUGCGUCUCAACCGACAAGAUCCUCAGACCACGCUGUACCUCCACAGAAACCCUCUCACAUCGCCGUCAAAUCAAACCGAUCUGCAGCACGAGCCCUUCCCACAUCUCCGAUCAGAGCCGCAGUUUCGACUUCUACCCGAAGGCAAACAAGGGACGAAUCGCAACUGCCUCGCUCCGCAGCCGAUACAUCUCCGCUUGCUACGAAGCAGAAACGAACAUCGUUCGUCAAAUCAGAAUCAAGAGUGUCACAGAUAUGCCUGGAUCCAUUCGGGAGGGCGACAAAGUCGAAGCGCAAGUCGUUGGACUCUGCUGUUGACCCAUCGAUUCGGAAGGCGGCGUCGAGAGGAAGGCCGCGAAAGGUCAAGGAAGAGAGGAUCGAUGCAAUGACAAGGCCUGCAGCGGUAGCAGAGUCGUCGACUGGAACUCGUCGUCGAAGAAGAGAAGAUGAAGAGGAGAGGAUGGCGAGGACAGCAAAGGCGCGAGCGGCGCUGGCUGAGAAGGUGAGGGUGAAGAAAGAGAAGCAGGAGAGCAAGACGUUGAGAAUGGUGCAGGAGGAGCGGGGUAGGGAAGAGGGGGGGAGGAGAGGACGAGAGAGGGGCAGGUUUGCAGAGGGCAGCGAGUGA